GCAGCAGCCGGGGCGUGUCGGGCGUGGUGACGCAUGACGCGUAGCGCGCGGGCGGGCCGCGCAGGGCGCGUGCGCGGGACCGGGUGCGGCGGUGGGUGCGGUGGGGCCGGUGCUACGGUGCUGCGCGCGCCAUGUCGGGGCGCUCGGUGCGGGCCGAGACCCGCAGCCGCGCCAAGGAUGACAUCAAGAAGGGAGAAGAAGUGGGUGACGGUGGGCGACACGUCCCUCCGGAUAUUCAAGUGGGUGCCUGUGGCGGACAGUAAGGAGAAAGAGAAGUCCAAAUCGAGUAGCAGCACAGCCCGAGAACCCAAUGGCUUCCCAGCUGACACCUCUGCCAACUCCUCCCUCCUUCUGGAGUUUCAAGGUGCUGUUUCUGCAGAUGAGAACAGCAACCAGAGCUCCCUGUCUGACGUGUACCAGCUCAAGGUGGACAGCAGCCCGAACUCCAGCCCCAGUCCCCAGCAGAGUGAGUCCAUGAGUCCUGCCCACACGUCUGACUUCCGCACAGAUGACUCACAGCCUCCUACCCUGGGGCAGGAGACCCUGGAAGAGCCCUCCCUGCCUUCCUCAGAAGUGGCAGAUGAGCCUCCCACUCUUACAAAGGAAGAGCCAGUCCCCCUUGAGACUCAGGUCUGGCACUUGGUUUACCCUGUGACCUCCAGAGAAGCUCCUGAACUCCUGAGGAAGAAAAACUGUGCCAAGCGCCACAAUGAGAAUGGACUCCAGAGGCAGAAGCCCACUCCUGGCCACAGGAUUCUGGACACGAACGACGGCCCACUUCCAAGGGAAAGAAAACUCACCCUGCCAGGUUACUGAUGUCAGUGUGUCAGAGACGUUUGGCACUCCAUGUGCAGCCCGAUUUCUUGGUGGGCGCGGCUUGGGUCGGGGAGGAAUCCUGCUCCGUUCAUUAUUUUUGGAGGCAGAAGGGGCUGAGCUCGGCAGCAGUGCUGCCGCCUUGUGGGCACGGAGCGGUACUGCCGCUGUGCCCCAAGCCGAGCCGGGACCCCGCAGGAGCCGGGUCGGGCUUCUGCCACACUGAAGGUGGCGGCCGCAACAGGACCCCGGCCCCAACAGGACCCCGGCCGCGGCGUCCGCUCUUUGUCUCUGAAUCCCUCUGUCCUUGCUGUGUGUUCUGCACUCUGUCUUUUUCUGUGUCCUUCUCCAUACCUCGCUCACGUGCCUUUUUUUAUUCCGUCUGGCUCUUUGCUGCUCCCCAUGCCCUUGUUUCCCAGUGGAUCCUUGUGCCCCCUUCCCUCUGUUCUUUUUCAAUCCCUCUCUGUCUUGCUGCCCAUUCCAGGUUUUUGGUUUGGGUGGGGUUUUUGUUUUUGUGGUUUUUUUUUUUUUUUUUUGUUUGGUUUGUUUUGUUUUCCUAUUUCAUCCUACACCCCAUUCUUUUGUUCUUUCUUUUCUUCCUGUGUCCUCUCUGCCACCAUUCCCUCUUUCUGCCUCUGGCCUGUGCCUGGGGUUUCAGGGAGGUAUUUCUGGGAUCUGACCCCCUUUUCUUGUUGCAGCAGAGCUCCUUUUUGGGAGGGGGUCUAGACCUAGGAGGGCUUCCAAUAAAGCUCAGCUCCCGUUCCCCUUCCAGCAUGGGUGUGACCCGGGCUGGCCGUAGUGCUCGGUGUCUCUGGACCUCACAGCAUUUCUACGUGGCUGCUGCACCCAGGUCCCCAGUACGUCCUGCUCUGGCCGCUUCCCCGAGCGGUCCCUCGUGCACCAAGAGGGUGCUACAGACCACAGGGGCCUCUUGGCUGCAGAGCUGGGUGAUGGGAGACAACAAAGCAAUGCCCAGGUUGCAGCUGUUCAAGCCAGCCUUGCCUGCUGGAGCAUUUCUUUCUUUCUUACCCGUCCAUGGUCCUCUCUGUGUGUCUGUGGUAAUUUUUAAACUGCAGGGCUGGGAGGCCUGGCCAUUUCACCAGGAGUGCUCACCCUGGGAGCACCAGUCUCUACCUUGGGAGGAAGCAAGCUGCCACCAGAAUAAAAGUGGGGUGGAGUUGCUCCUACUCCAAGGCAAGAGCCUGCAAGGCCCCUCCUUUGGGGACUCAUCUUUUGUGUGAAGGCACAUUGUCUAGCAGAGGAAGAGGCUGGUACCUGGUGGAGCAGGACCAAGAUUCCAUUUUCCCCAGGCAGCUCCCUCUGCCUGCUGUAGCACUGGCCAGGGCUGGAAGAGGAGGGGGAGUGCGUUCAGCACUGCUGCUGGAACGGAGUGGCCCUCUCAGGAGGAUCCUGGUUGCUUCAGGGCUUUGCUUUUCCACUGGUUUGUGUCCACAAAGGAAAGGCAUGGAGAAGGCAACACCAUCACCCCAGCCCCGUAGUCGGGAGUCCAUCAGCUUUCCCCACAGUGAAAGUGGUUAAGGUCUCCUUAACCAAAGGAAAACUCAGCAGCACUACAGAUGUACAGAACAGCAAUUUAUCCACCGGGGCCUUCUGACACACUUUGCCCAUUAUGUGUCCAGAGGACUCCAAGUACUGACUUUACAUAUCCACAAGUGUGGCCAAAGCCACACAUACAGAGCAACACCAAGUUCUCACGGUGUACCAAGAGAAACAAAGAUUUGAUAACAUUAUUUCUUAGAUGACUGUUGGGGAUGAAGUCAAAUGUAAAGAAAAAAUGGAAAUGUAAAAAAUGAUGGACGUUAGUGCACACGGAUACAGAGUUUCUGCUUUUGAGCUCGGCAGAUGUUUUUUUCUUUCCUCUUUCCCUUCUCAUGUGAGCUUGCUUUGAUUCAGUUCUGCUAUGCUAAGCUCUGCGGCAGUGCUGCCGCCUUGUGGGCACAGAGCGGUACUGCCGCUGUGCCCCGACCGGGGCCCUGCCCCGC